AUGUCCUUUAUUUCUCGUGAACGUAUUGUGUAUAUUAUGAUUGUAGAACCUUGUUCAUCAACUUCAUUAUUGUCUAAUAAUCAUCGUACACAAAAAUAUUUAAAAAAUCGUUUUCAUAUGUCUAUGAAUAAACCAAGUAUAAAACAAAAUAAUCAUUUAAGUACGAAUGAAAAUCGUACAGAUGAUGAUUAUGGAGGAGGUGGAAAUUCUGAAAUUUGUUCUAAAAUAACGAAUGGUGACAAUCGUAAAUCUCGUUCAAAUAAUCAUAAUCGAGGGAAUGAUCCAACUCGUUGGUGGCUUGUUCAUUUUAUUCAACGUUUUAUUGCUGAUCCAAAACGUACAUUAACUCGAAGCCGUAGUGCAACAGAUGCAACACGUUUUCUUCGUCAUAUUCAAACACGUAUAUCACCAGCUAUUAAAUGUGAUUCCGUUUAUGAAGAAUCAUCAACAAAUACAAAAAGACGAAAUAAUAAUUGUGAUCAAAAUCAAAUAUCUCUUUAUACUCGAAUGCGUUCUCAAUCAGUUCCAAUUAAUAGUAUUUGCAGUCCAAAUCAUCAAUUAUUAUCAUUACAACGUCAAGCUGGAACACUUACACGUUCAUCAUCUGUACAUGAUCUUCAUCGACAUGAAGUAUUUCGUGCAAAUGAAUUAGAUUUUGGUCCUAUUAUUGGACAAGGUUUUUAUGGAAUUGCACGAACAGUUACUUUUAGAAAAACUGGUCAGAUAAUGGUUAUGAAAGAAACAAAAACAUUUGAUAAAGAAGCACAGAAAAUUUUUGUUAAAGAAGUACAAGUUCUUAAACGUUUAAAACAUCCAAAUGUUCUUCAUUUUAUGGGUCUUUUACUUGAUAAAGAUAAUCAAAUGUGUUUUCUUGUUGAUUACAUUGCCGGUGGUACAUUAAAAAAUAUCAUUCAUGAUUUAUCUAUACCAUUAACAUGGUUACAACGUUUACGUUAUGCAAAAGAUAUAGCUGCCGGAAUGGAAUAUCUUCAUUCAUGUAAUAUAAUUCAUCGUGAUUUAAAUAGUUCAAAUUGUUUAGUUAAAUCUAAUGGACAAGUUGUUGUUGCAGAUUUUGGUUUAUCAAGAAUAAAUCUUGAUGAAGAUGACGAUUAUGUAACAACACAAAUGAAUGAUGGUACAUCAUCAUCAUUAUCAUCAUUUAGACGAGAUCAACGAAGUACAAGUACAACAAUAACAUCAAAUGGUAAUAUUGUUGUUGUUCGACCUAAAACUCGUCGACAAAUAUUAAAAGAUCGACAACGAUAUACAGUUGUCGGAUCUCCUUAUUGGAUGGCACCUGAAAUGUUAAAAGGUCAAUGUUAUGAUGAACGUGUAGAUAUAUUUUCAUUUGGUAUCAUGCUUUGUGAAAUCAUUGGUCGUGUACAAGCUGAUCCUGAUUAUUUACCACGUACACAAGAUUUUGGUUUAAAUGUACAUUUAUUUAAUCAAAAAUAUUGUAGUAAAGAUUGUCCAAAACAAUUUAUUGCUAUUGCUAUUGCUUGUUGUGACAUUAAUCCUGAUUCAAGACCUGCUUUUUGUGUAUCUCAUCCAUGGCUCGAAGCACUCGCAUUAAGUGUUGAAACAGGCUAUCUUCAAGAAAAAAAAUUUAUCAUAAUGUCGUGUACUAAGGUUCAAUCAACUAAUCAAACUAUCAAUAAUUUUUCUGCUGCAGUUUUACCAUCGAGUACAUGCGCUGAGGGCGGCAGCGUUGGACGACGAGUAUUAGCCUCGCGCCCCAAUGGAUCCAUCAUUAAAUCUAUAGAAUUUGCUAAGACAAAUGAUGAUGAGGGUUUGCAAAUAAAACAUGAUAUAAUACAUCAAUUUUUGCGUGAGCAUAAUUUAUCUUGGUCAAUUACAUUACAUAUGAAUAUACUUUAUGUACAACUUCCGAAAGAAUUAUGUGCAGGAUCAAAAGAAAAAUUUGUUAGCCUUCUUGAAUUCGCUGAUGAUACAUUACAUUGUAAAAAGGUUAUUAUAUAUUUUAAUAAAGCACGUUCUGAUCGAGCAAUUGUAGUAAAAACAUUUAUGUUUCUUGGUUUUCAUGUAUUAUCGCCUGACAAUACAUUAAUGCAAACUAUUGAUAAACAAGCCGAUGAAUUAUAUAUGGUUUAUCUUAUUGACGGUGAUGAGUAA